UUCGACAAGUUAGACGUCGGUGUCGGUUUGUUUCAUUUACAGUGACGGUAAAACGAAGUUUGUUUUGAAUUUCGAGUUAUGUGGCGGAGCAUAUACGAUAACACAAUUCAAUAAGUGGUCGUACAAUAUUUUGUACCGUAAAUAAUAUCAAUUUGCCGUUUAACGCUAUCUAACGACUGUAUUUCGGAUUGGAUAAGCUUUGUAUGCCGGCAAGAAAAAAAUUUUAACAUUAUUCGGAGCGAAGUAACGUUUAACCAAGUGCGUACAAUCAAUCAGUUAAAAGUGAGUGUUAAUUAUUAUGAAUUGCGAAUAUUUGUGCAUUAAAGAGUGUUAAUGAUUUAAUAACGAAGUUACGAUACAAUUACAAUCAACUGAGUGCCGAUCAUUUGCAAGUUAACGUCUUAAAAGGUGUUAGUAAUAAAGUACAAAAAUAUUCAACGAAAAUUACGACAAAAACUUAAAGUCGUAAAGUUUUGUGUGUUUACUAUACCAAAGUCAAUGGUUAUAAAUAAAUAAUUGAAAUAAAAACCAAACAGUGUCGUUGUGAAGUAAAAUCCUGCUUCAACUUAAUUAGACGAAGUGAAUUAAUUGCUGUUAUCUAAAACGCGCAACGACUACGACAACACGUUGAUCUUAGUGAUUUAGCUGCCAGCAAAUAUUUGUUGUUUUUGUGUAGUUGUUUUAGGGCGAGUGAACUUUUUAUAACAGUCAACCCAAAGGAUUACUACACUACGACGUUGGUGUUAAGCGUUGAAUAGAAAAUAGAAGAAGAAGACACGCCGGCAUUUUAAGUUCCAUUGACAAAAGCAACAAAAGUCUGCAAAGUGCAAAGGCAAAAGCAAACACAAAAGAUUAAAUUUUUACUCCAGCGUCUCAUAAUCGUUACAUAACGCUCAAAUCACUCAAUUGGUCACUCCACAUAUCUCACGUAAUUUUGACAACGUUCUUGGUUAAAAUUACAAACUUUCAAAGGAAUAAUUAAAAGUCGCCUAAAGUAGCAAAAUGCUCCACAACAUGCAACGUCGUCGCUUAGGCUCCGUUGGCGAUUCGGCGCCACCAUCCGAAUCCUCCGAGGGCACAAACUCUUCCGAGCAGAACGAGCUGAUGAUCAAUCCUGAUUGGUCGACACACUCACACACCUCCUCGGUACACACAAAUACGCACACCACUGCGUCGACCACCAAUACAGUCAACAAUCACAAUAAUUCAUAUUUCAUUGGCUCCGACGUGGAUGCCGACACGCUCAGCAUCGACACCACAAGCAACUCAAAUCUAUCCGAAUACGAACGCGGUCAAGUGGAGAGUUUUUUCGGUGGCUUGGGCACAGAAAUAUUUGUAUGCUCAUCGCUAGCCAACCUCUACGAAGGCACCGGCAAGGAGGGUGAUUGGCGUCUCGUCUUCACCGGCAUACCAGUCGUCUUGCACGAUCGCGGCAGUGCACGCGCACGCACCGUACCACGUGUCACACUCGUGCUAGCCGAACGCGGUUCCUCCUUUGCGCUCUGGUCGGAUCGCAUUGAUAAUUUGUCAAAUUAUCGCGUCGCUGGCCCAUCCUUUCACACGAUGUGCCUCUCAACGAACCAUCAGCAACUGAUUGGCUUCAGUUUCGAUUCAACCGACUCGGCACGUGAACUCUAUCAUCACAUUGAGAAGCUGGUGAGUGAUCCGGAGAAUAUAGCGCUCUCAGUGCCGGGGAAAAAGAAGCAGAAACAGAAGCGUGUGAAGCCAGCACCGUUGCCGCCCAAAUCGCAGAUUUCACAGCCAUGUCAAUUUCAGCACGUAACGAGUGUCACGAAGGACGACACAGACCGGUACUAUAGCAUGCAGGCAUUCGCGCCGUCGGUAAAGCAUCGUUGAGGGGGCGCCAGUGCAUGGCAGUGGGAGUGAGCGAGGGAUAGGUGUAAUGCAGAAGCCAUAAAGUUACACACAUACGUGCAUGCAUAUGUAUGUAUGUAUGUAUGCGCAUGUUUCGUGUGUAUUUUAAGUGAAGUGAAACGACGUCAAUUCGUCAGCUUAGUCACUAAGUAACCUUUUAACAAUCUGAAAUUUUUAUCAGUAAUAUUUCUAUAGAAAAAAAAACUAUAUGACAACAGCAAACAGUUAUAGUAAAUGAUUGAGUUUAUCUGCGUAUCUGUAUGUGUAGCUUAAAAGCAUAAAUCGUCGUUUGUAUAUUUCUACGCGCCUGCAAGCCAGACAAUUUUGUGUAAUAACUAAAGGGAAAAUCAAAGUAAAAAUUAAAAUUAAAAUAAAAAUAUUUAA